AUGAGACUAGCCGCUUAUGCUGGGGCCUCGGUGGCUCUGGCCACUGGUGUUCUUCUCAAAGCUCUUCACCAGAGGUCCAAUUUCUACUCAGCAUGCGUCUACCUCUCCCAAAGUAGUGCGAACUUAAUGAUUCUCACAAACCUCUGCCUUCUUGUCACCGGAUUCCUUCUCUUUUGGCUCCAGCGCCUCCUCUACGGACCUUUGCGACCAAUCGAGACCGAGCAACUAUAUGAGCGCGCAUGGUUUGCCGUCACGGAGACAUGUUUGGCCAUGACAAUAUUCCGCGGAGAACUGGGGGCCUGGUUCUUGGUCAUGUUCAUAUCGCUUCUGGUUGGUAAAGUUUGGGGUUGGAUCGGUGAAGGCCGUGUCGAGUUCUUGGAACAGCAGCCUCCGGCCAAUCCAAAGUUGUUCCAUAUUCGGUUGGCAGCUUCUCUCGUCCUGACCGUCACAUUCGACGUCUUCAUGCUGCGCUACUGCGUGCAAACUGUUAUCACCCAGGCCCGUCCGGACAUGAUGGUCAUGUUCGGAUUUGAGUUCGCUAUCCUUGCGAUCCUGUCGUCCUCCACCCUUUUACGAUACGCCAUCGCUCUGACCGAAAUAUCUAUCACCCGUCAACAAGUGCAGGCGAGAGUGGAGGAGCGCAGGGCCGAAAUUCGCGUUGCGCGGGCCGAAGCGAUUCAAGAAGCCGCCCGCGCAGGUGCUAGUUCCCCACCUACGGAUCUUCCCGAUGAAAAUGAUGUGAAUGAAAUGGAAAUUGAUGUCUCCGGAUGGGAGGAGAAAGGCCGCUGGGUAUUCUAUCUGGAUCUUCUGACCGACCUGUUGAAGCUCGUCAUUUACCUGACCUUCUUUGGGAUAUUGCUUACUUUCUACGGGUUGCCCAUCCACAUUCUACGCGACGUGGUGGUGACUAUUCGCUCAUUUGUUCGUCGAAUCGUGGAUUUCAUGCGCUACCGAAAGGCGACCAGAGACAUGAACGAGAGAUAUCCCGAUGCAACUGCUGAAGAAGUGACCCGAGAGGAUGUUUGCAUCAUCUGUCGCGAGGAGAUGACUCCGGUCCAGCCUGCGCAGCCUGCGGAUGGAGCAGAUGGAGCGAAUACUCGUGCUGCCGAAGCCCGGCCUGUUCCUGAGCGUCUGCGCCCAAAGAAGCUUCCCUGUGGUCAUAUUCUGCAUUUUGCAUGCCUUCGGAGCUGGCUCGAAAGGCAACAGAAUUGUCCAACCUGCCGACGGCCUGUUCUUGCGCCGCCCCGAACCGCAGGUGCUGCAGCUGCUGGCGGCAAUAAUCAACCUGGUCAGCAAAAUGGAAAUCACGCAGGGCACCAAGGCGCCGAGGGACAACAACCCCGGGGCCGGGUGUUCCAAUUUGGGCCGUUCCGGGUUGGCUUUGGAGCUGUGCGUGGAGACCUCUUCAAUAAUCUGCACCGCCAAAUACCCCAGGGGAAUUUACAGCAGCCUGUGGCAAACCCGCAGGUGAAUAUACCCGCCGGGCAGGUUGGAUUUGGGUUUGGGUUCGGGCGCCGUCCACAAAACCCUACACCCACACCCACACCCCCACCGGCCCUCGGCACGGGAGUGUCUACUGCUACUGGUAUCAGCCUUCAAUUGAUCCAGAUGGAGCAAAGAAUUACCCAUGAAAUCCAGGCCCUACAGGCUGCCACAGAACAACUCAAUCGUGUGCGUCACCUGCAGUUGGAGCUGGAUCGCCUGCGCAAUCAGCCAACGACAGUUGCCCAGCCAGGCCCAUCUCCCAGUGUCCCGUCCCCCGCCCCAGGGCUUGGAGCAUCGGUAUUCACAGCACGUCAUCAAUUUGGGGGAGCCCCGAGUAAUACUCUGAUGAAUUCGGGUGACACUCGUCUCCCUGAAGGACUGACUCUUCCUCCUGGCUGGUCCCUCCUUCCUCUCCAGCGUAUGGAAGACGGUGCUACGGCAGUACAGACACCACAGCCCGGAUCAUCCACACCCAUAAUCACUGAGCCACAGCCUUCUGCGUCGGCUGUAAACGAUGCUGCCGCUCAACCCCUUCCGACCCCUGUGCCUCAGGGCCAGUCAAAUGAGGAUGGAGCACAUGCACACGUCACCCCCGAACCCUCCACCAGCACCGCAAAUAUUGUGCCAACCCCACAGCCCACCCCCACCGUGCCUGUCCCCGAAACUCGCGCCGAGUCUCCUUCCCAAGAAUGGACCGACCUGGCACCCCGAGAGUCAUCGGAUCCGGGGUCCACCAUCCCCACAACCUGGGGUAGUGGAGAACCUUCCCAAGAACCAGCUUCUACAGAUGAUCGUCCCGCGUCCCCUUCCAAGGGAAAAGGUCGGGCUGUCACGAUUGAAGAGACCGAUGAAGAAGGGCAGUAG